GAAGCCGCAACCCGGGCACUGCGAUCGGUGGCUCGGCCCGCGACUUUCUCCCACUUUACCUGCCGCAGGCGCUUCCGGUUCCGGUACAGGGACAGCGCGGGAUCCAAGGUCCCGGGCAUGGCGGGGAGCCGGCUGGAAACCGUGGGGAGCAUUUUCACGCGGACGCGAGACCUGAUUCGGGCUGGGGUGCUGAAGGAGAAACCCCUUUGGUUUGACAUAUAUAACGCCUUCCCUCCACUGCGGGAGCCAGUCUUCCGAAGGCCUCGCUUGCGAUAUGGCAAAGCUAAAUCUCCUACCCAGGACAUCUUUUACCACGAGGAUCAGAUUAGAGCGGUCCAGCAAUUAUUCUUUACUCCAUUCUUGGCCACGAUCUAUAAUUGGAGAUUUUCAUUGUGGUGUUCUGUAUUUUCAAGGAAAUUUUAUUCAGCCUAUGGAUCUGGUCCAAAAGCUUUUGAGCUGUUCAACCCAAACUUCAAGUCUACCUGCCAACGGUUCGUGGAGAAGUACAUUGAGCUACAGAAACUUGGAGAAACAGAUGAAGAGAAGUUAUUUGUGGAAGCAGGGAAGGCUUUGUUGGUGGAAGGUGUCAUUUUAAGACGAGUAGAAAAAGCGAGGACUCAACAGGAAGGUAGUCAAGUUCCCCAGAAAUCUGAAUCCAUGGGUGUCGAAUCCCAAACUGCGUUGGAGGAGAACCCGCCUCUGAACGAAGUUCCACAGGCCCAGCAUCUGGAGGCACCUGGAGAAGAGUUGAAAGGCCUCUCACCUCCCUGAAGAACGUGGAUACCGUGUGUACUGACAUCCAGACUGGACUCACUGCUGGAACGUUGAACUGGUUUUACCAGUUGAACUUUGUAAAUGUUUCCUGAUCGCUGAGGCAUCGUGCUUGCCUUCUUUGGGUUCCCACUUCUGGGUUGUCAUAAAGCUCUGUAUUAUGGUUUGGAGAAGCAGUUAUGUGAAGUUUUAUGUUAUGGUGGUAUUAAAUAAAGAAUUCCUCGGUGCUUAUAAAGUAAAUUUA